UCUUUAUUAACCUUAAAGGCUUUAAACUUACUCUCGUUUUCUCUUAGUUUAUGUUGAAGAAGAAGAAGCUAUGAAGCCGUCUCUUUCACUUGCUCUACUCAUGUUCUUUGAAGCUUUCACGGUUCUCUUUGCUCAACCCAGGUUUUCGAGUGAGACCGACACGAAAGCUUUGCUUGAGUUCAAGUCCCAAGCCGCUGAGAACAAUACUGAGGUCUUGUCCUCGUGGAACAGCUCCUCUCCGCUCUGCAGCUGGACUGGUGUUACAUGCGGUCGGAAACGAGAAAGAGUUGUGAGUCUUGACCUCGGAGGAUUCAAGCUAGCUGGUGUGAUCUCACCCUCCAUCGGUAAUCUCUCUUUCCUCAGAGUGCUUAAUCUCGCAGACAACUCUUUUACAAGUACCAUCCCUCGAGAGGUGGGGAUGCUGUUUAGGCUUCAGUACUUGAACAUGAGCUUUAAUCUUCUCCAAGGAAGGAUUCCUCCAAGUCUCUCCAACUGCUCUACACUCUCGACACUUGAUUUAUCCUCAAACCAGAUUGGACACGAAGUUCCUUCAGAGCUAGGUUCGCUUUCUAAGCUUGUCAUCCUCUCUCUUGCUACGAACAACCUUACCGGAAAGUUUCCUGCAUCUUUAGGAAACUUGACUUCACUACAGAAGCUUGACUUUGCAUAUAACGAUAUGGAAGGGGAGAUUCCAGACGAUGUCGCUAGAUUGACUCAAAUGGUGUUUUUCCAGAUAUCACAGAAUGGUUUCUCAGGUGUGUUUCCUCAUGCGUUAUACAACAUCUCCUCGCUUGAGUCUCUAUCUCUAGGUGGCAAUAGCUUUACAGGUAACCUCAGAGCUGAUUUUGGUGAUCUUCUUCCAAACCUCAGAACGCUUCUUUUGGGAGAAAACAGAUUCACCGGAGCUAUCCCCAUAACACUGACCAAUAUCUCAAGCCUUGGAAGGUUUGAUAUCUCAUCUAAUAACCUGACAGGAAGCAUCCCUUUGAGCUUUGGAAAGCUACCUAACCUGUGGUGGUUAGGGAUUGCUCAAAACGCUCUUGGAAACAACUCGUUCACUGAUCUUGAGUUUAUUGAUGGUUUGUCCAACUGCACUCAGUUAGAGUUCUUAGAUGCUGGCUACAACAGACUUGGAGGUGAGCUGCCUGCCUCCACAGCCAAUCUGUCCACCACUUUGACUAGUCUAAACAUGGGAGGAAACCACAUCUCUGGAACCAUUCCUCGUGACAUCGGUAAUCUCGUAAACCUGCAAGUACUCAGUUUGGAAGCAAAUAUGUUGACAGGAGAGCUUCCUGUCUCUUUCGGGAAGCUUUUGGAAUUGCAGGUGCUUGAAGUGUACACAAAUGCAUUAUCUGGGGAGUUACCGUCUUACUUUGACAAGAUGACUCAGCUGCAGAAGAUUCAUUUGAACAGCAAUAGUUUCCAAGGAAGAAUCCCCAAGAGCAUUGGAGGUUGUAGAAACUUGCUAGACUUAUGGAUUGAUACAAAUAAGUUGAAUGGGAGUAUACCUCGGGAGAUACUGCAGAUUCCAUCUCUUACUUACUUAGAUCUGUCAAACAAUGUCUUGACAGGUUCUUUUCCGGAAGAAGUUGGGAAGUUAGAGCUGCUUGUUGGACUAGCUGCUAGCGACAACAAGUUAUCAGGUCGCAUUCCGCAAACUCUAGGUGGUUGUCUCUCUUUGGAGUUUCUCUAUCUGCAAGGGAACUCGUUUGAAGGAGCCGUUCCAGAUAUAAGUCGGUUGGUCAGUUUAUCAAAUGUUGACUUCUCCAGAAACAAUCUCUCUGGUCACAUACCUCAGUAUCUAGCCAAGUUUCCUCAGCUGAAAAAUUUGAAUCUUUCGAUGAACAAGUUCGAGGGAAGUGUGCCUACAACAGGAGUGUUUAGAAACGCUACUGAAGUUUCUGUUUUCGGAAAUAAAAAUCUAUGCGGAGGGAUCAGAGAAAUGCAACUAAAGCCAUGCGUUGCAUCAAGGCCGAGAAAGCCUCUUUCACUUCGAAAGAAGAUUGCAAGUGGUGUUGGUAUAGGUAUGGCCUCACUUUUGUUAAUCAUAAUUGUAGCUGCUCUGUGUUGGCUAAAGAAGAGGAGGGACAAGAAGAAGAAGAACAAUACUAGUAGUACUAACCAAUCUUAUUCUACUGAUCUGGGAAAGUUCUAUGAGAAGUUAAGUUAUAAAGAGCUUUACAAUGCAACUGGUGGCUUCUCUUCAGACAAUCUGAUUGGUUCAGGCAACUUCGGUAAUGUGUAUAAAGGAGUGCUUGGUCAUGAUCAUAAACUCGUCGCCGUUAAAGUUUUGAACCUCCUGAAGCAUGGAGCGACGAAAAGCUUUAUGGCGGAAUGCGAAACUUUCAAAGGUAUAAGGCAUCGUAACCUUGUGAAACUGCUAACGGUUUGUUCAAGCAUCGAUUCCGAAGGAAAUGAGUUCAGAGCUCUGGUCUAUGAGUUCAUGCCGAAAGGAAGUCUGGAUACGUGGCUGCAUCAGCCAGAAGAUCCCUCGAGAGCUUUGACAGUUCCAGAGAAACUAAACGUAGCUAUAGAUGUGGGUUCCGCUUUGGAGUAUCUUCAUGUUCACUGUCAUGACGCGAUAGCUCACUGUGAUCUUAAGCCAAGCAAUGUUCUUCUUGGCGAUGACCUUACAGCUCAUGUUGGUGACUUUGGUUUGGCUAGGCUUCUCUAUAAAUUCGAUCGAGAGUCCUUCCUAAGCCAGUUUAGUUCUGCUGGUGUUAGAGGCACCAUUGGCUAUGCCCCACCAGAGUAUGGAAUGGGAGGCCAACCAUCGAUAAAAGGAGAUGUAUACAGCUUUGGAGUUUUGCUUUUGGAGAUGUUCACCGGAAAGAAACCGACGGACGAAUCAUUUUCAGGGGAUUAUAACCUCCACAGCUACGCAAAGUCGGUGUUGUCAGGAGAUGAGAAGGAUGGUGGAGGCAGUGAUGCCGUUGAUGAGUGGUUGAGACUGGUUUUGCAGGUGGGAAUAAGGUGUUCUGAAGAAUAUUCAAGGGAUAGGAUGAAUAUGGCUGAAGCACUACGAGAGUUGAUCUCAGUCAUCAGAUCUAAGUUCUUCAGUACCAAGACCAAUAUUGAAGAGUUAAGUCCGCGGGAUGCUGUGCAAAGUUCUCCUCAGGAAUGGAUGUUAAGCGCUGACAUGCAUACAAUGUAGACCAAAACAUAUGACAUCACAAUCACCUUCUCUACUACUUAUGUGUGCCUGCUUCUGCUUCAUCCCAAACAGAAGCCCACUCACCCUCUUCUGUUUUUUUUUUGUUGUUUUUGACUGUUUUCUUAAAUAAGGUCUUCUUCCAUUUGGAA